AACAUGUCCAGGACCGCAAUUGCUCGGGCUCUCCGCCCUGUGCCUUCUUCCCUCCGCCUCUUCUCCGUAUCUUCCCGCACAAUGGGCGCCGGUGAUGCCGGAUCGGGUUUCUCGCGGCCAGGAGGCAUGCGUUCGGGUGAUAGCUUCACCCGUCGCGAGAAGGCGGUCGAGGAUCAGUACAUCCAGCAGGAGGAAAGGGCUAAACUGCAGCAGAUCAAGGAGAAGCUGGAGCAGCACCAGCAGCAUCUGAAUUCAUUGAAGCAGACCAUUGACGAGAUGUCCAAGGAACAAGGUGGCGAGCAGCACUAA